CUAACUGAUCAAACUGCGAUCUGAAACUAUGCAGGAUUCGCUACCACUAUGUACGAUCACUGUACAUAUGUAGAAUGUACGUAGAACUUAGACUCCUAAAUCUCGUCAUUGACGUGCAGCGUGUAUCGAGCACGUGGAGUACAGUGCAUCUUGCAGUGACGAAGUGUAUCAACUAUCAACUUUCUUUGAAAUAAUACACAUUCGUGUAUAUUGCGUUCAAAUAAAAAAUAAAUUUAUAUUAUCGGGAUCUUCCAACUUUAUGAUUUAUUUACGCGCAACGUUGCGAACAACAAAUUAUUGUUCAACAAAGUUUAUGUUACAAUUAUGAGUUUUUCUAUAUGCGACUCCGACAUUGCUUUGUGUACCAACGAGCAAGUUGUCGUGUAUAAUUUUGAACAUGAUACGGACAAAAUAAUCCAGUUACCCGAACUUCAAACGGACAAAAGCAUCGAUUCACACAAUAAUAUAAAUAUUGAAGCGUUUCACACUAUAACAAAUGUAACAUUUUCAAACGAUGGUAAAUACUUUUUUGUUUGCACAAAUCGCAAACAACUGUGCCUAUAUGAAAAGAGAAACUGCAAUCUUUUAUCAAAUCAGACACUGACAAGAGCAGCCAGCAAAGUAAGAUUUACACCUGGUAAUGAUAUAGUUGUCGCUGACAAAACAGGCGAUGCUUAUCUAUUUCCGAGUAAUAAAUCUGACAAUGCGAUAUUAUUGUUGGGACAUUUGUCGAUGUUGCUUGAUGUAAUAGUUACAGAAGAUGAAAAAUACAUUGUUACCACUGAUAGAGAUGAAAAGAUCAGAGUCUCGAUGUUUCCAAACUCGUAUAAUAUCAUGUCCUAUUGUUUAGGGCAUAAAAAGUUUGUAACAAAUAUUUUAGAAUUACCUCAUCGUAGAAGUGUUUUGGUAUCUUGCGGAGGAGAUGGGGUUCUUAUUUUAUGGAACUAUAAAUGUGGAAAAAGUUUAUUAUCGGUUAAUUUCUGCGAUAAAAUACCUAAAACAGAUAUCGAGAAGUUCAAUCAAAAGCUUCAGGAUUGCCAUUUGGAUGAAACUGUAGAGAUUUUACCUGUUAAACAUUUAAGACUCUGCGCACUGAAUUCUUCUUCGUCAUUGGCUGUGAUGAGCUUUUAUGAUAACACGUUGUUAUUAGUUUAUAUCAUUAGCGACGCAGAAGAAUCAAAAUUCAAAGCUACAUACGUUCAAUCCAUAGUUGCAGACUAUGAACCUAUAGAGUGCCAUUUUUAUAAGGGAAAUUUCUGGGUACUGAACCAAGUAGGAUUUCAAGUAUACAAAUUCAAACAAAAUAAUUUUGUUCUUGGCAAUACAACAAAUAUGAAACUAAAUAAAUUGAAUAACAUUUGGAAAUCAUUGAGGAAAGAUUCCAUUAAGCAAAAUUUAUUUCCAAUUUUAUAUAAAAGAAAGUAUGACAAUGUACAAGAAUAUUUGGAGAGGAAGAAGACACGUCUUUCGAGUACUGUUGAGUAAUUUUUGACAUUUAAGAAAUGUUUCUGUCACAAAAGAAUGUAUUCUAUUGUACAGCCUAUAACUAAGUUUGAACCAAUGAUUCCAUAUUACGAAGCAUACGUUUCUACCAUAAAAUACAAAUAAUAUUACAACAAA